UUGGAGCUGGAAGAAUGCAUGGAAAAAUUAAGGGAAGAACAAAGAGCCAGAGUAAAGGCUGAGGAACGGAUAAUGGAGCUGGAAAUCGAAAUUGCAAGAUUGAGGAAUGUAAAUAUCUCCCUAUCUGAGGCUCUUCACGCACAGUCAGUAACCAACAUGAUUUUGGAAGAUGAAGGUGUUCUAGGCAGCAUUGAGAACUCUUUCCAAAAGUUUCAUGCUUUUUUAGACCUCCUUAAAGAUGCUGGACUUGGACAACUUGCUGUAUUAGCUGGGAUAGACCAGUCAGAUUUUGGUCCUUUGGGGCAUCCACAAAUGAAUUCCACUCUCAGUAAGCCUCAUAACACGCUAAAGGAGAAGUCUUUUGAAGAAGAAAGACAAGAACAUACCCAGAAUAGCAAAAACAGAGCUGUGGACAUCCAAGUUUCUCUUCCUGGCACAUUUCAUUCCCAGAUGGUUGUGAAUAAUGCCUUCCCUGCUCUUGGAGAAAUACAAGAAUUUCACACUGCUGGGCAACGGUACCAGCCAGGCUCAUGGACAGAAAAUGAAGCUCAGACAAUUAACCAAAAUAAAGAGGAUAGGCCUCGAAAUAGUACUCCAACAUUCUCUGAGAGAAGAGUCAAACAAAAUGAACAUGCCAAAGGACAUCAUGCAGCAAGGCAGUUGGUUGCCAGUCCACGUUCAUUGUCCGAUUCCAGUGUACAUACUGCGAGUAAUGGUAGCAGAAUAUCCAGUGGUGCUUCUGGUGAAAAAAGCAAAAAAUGUUCCUCAAAGAAACACAUCCCUAGAGGAAAUGAAACAGCAGUUCCCAGUGAUGGAGCAAGAGGAGACUGCAGGCUGCAGAUAGUAAACCGCUCUGGAAUGGAUACUGUAGGAUCAGGCUCUGAAGUACAAGAAAGUAUCCAAAGUGUUACCAGCCUCUGA